AUGUUCGUGCUCAUGUCUAACCUUUGUCCUGGUUGGAACUUCUCCUCCAAUCACCGGUCUGAUGAUGAUGGCAGAAUUAUUCUCAUCUGGAGAGCCCCAGCUACAGUUAAUAUCCUGCACCAAUCAAGAAAGUCCAUUACUUGUAAAGUCAGCUUAUUAAAUGCCACCCAGUUCAUCUACACCUCUGUGUAUGUGUCUAAUCUAAGUUUUGAGCGAACUGACCUUUGGGUGGAACUCCUCAGUCUCCAGCAGUCUCACUCGCUUUAUAAUAGCCUGUGGAUGAUAGGAGGUGAGUUCAAUCAAAUCGUUCAUCAUGUCAAGCACUCAAACCCGGCUGUUAACACGUUCAACUCCAACAUGACUGAUUUUAAAGACUGUCUUUCUCAGUUGGGAAUGUUUGAUCUUAGCUUCCAAGGUCCCCUCUUCACUUGGUCAAACUGUCAACCUGCGUCUCCUGUUGCAAAAAAACUCGACCGUCUUCUUGUCAACAGCCAUAUCAUAAACUUAUUCCCAAAUAGUGUGGCCUCUUUUCUACCUCCCUUAACCUCUGACCAUAGUCCUUUCAUCAUUGACCUGUCCCACCAGUUACCCUCUGCUGGAACCCGUCUUUUUAAGUUUUUCAACUACCUGACCAAACACCCGAACUUUCAUAGCGUGUUACUUGAGACUUGGGUUCAGGCCGGAAGCUUUGGUUCCAAUCUCACUUAUCUGUGUUGGAAACAAAAGACCAUAAAGAGAGCUCUGAAAGAAUUAAACCGUGAGAACUUUUCCCAAAUACAAAGGAGAGUUAGUGAGGCUGACCGUUUGUUACAAGCUGUGCAGACCCUCUGGAGAUGUGCUUCCAUGCAAUCAAGCACUUCAAGUCCAUCUUGGGACCUGAUGUUCUUCCUCCUCUUGCCAUUUCAUCCUGGGUUGAUUGGUUUCAGUCACUUUUACGAGACUGAUAUCAUCUCCUUCUCUUCUGGAAUGCCUCAAGGUUUCCUCCCAGUGCGCUACUUAGGAGUCCCUCUCUGCACCAAGAAACUAAGCAUUAGUAAUUGCGAGAUGUUAAUUCACCAAGUCAAAUCUCGGGUUACCUCUUGGAGUGUGAAGUCUCUUUCCUUUGCCGGGAAGUUACUUCUCAUCAAAACAGUGAUUGCAGGAAUCUCCAAUUUCUGGUGUUCUUCUUUCAUUCUCCCUAAGGCAUGCAUUAACCGCAUCAACUCGCUUUGUAGCAUGUUCCUAUGGAAAGGAAACAUCGAGGGUCAUCACUCGGAUAGGGUAUCCUGGGAGACCGUAACUAAAGCAAAGAGUCAAGGAGGUUUGGAAAUUAGGGACCUCACAACUUGGAAUAAGGCAUGCUCGGGUUCAGUUUGGGUGGCUUGGUACAGAAAAGAGGUGCUGAAGGGCUCCCUUAACAACUUCUGGAUUCUGGCUAAUAAACUUCUAAAAGUGAUAAAUGAUGUUUACCCUUGGAUCAAACUCAGAGUUGCAAGUGGUCGGAAUUGUAGAUUCUGGUCAGACAACUGGUCUCCGUUUGGCAACUUAGAACGAUACCUUCAGGGUUAUCGGCUCCACAGAAUGGGUUUAUCUCGCUCUGUCUUGCUCUCUUCCCUUCACUGCCAGGGCUCUUGGGCAUUGGCACCUGCUCGAUCAGAACAACAAGUUAACUUGCAAGCUUAUCUGUCCACUUUAACCUUAACGGAGGAGGAAAACUACUAUGAAUGGGAGAUUGACGCAAAAGUAAUUCCCAGAUAUAGUACUGGACAAGUCUAUGGGAAGCUAAGAGGGGACAUAGACCAUGUACCUUGGGAGAAGGUGAUUUGGAACAUUGGAGGCAUUCCGAAGCAUAACUUCUUGGCUUGGUUGUUUGUAAGAGACCGCAGCCCAACAAAGGAUCGCCUUAUUGGUUGGGGACUAGCAGUAGAUCCAACUUGCCUGCUCUGUAAUUUACAUGGUGAAAGCAGAGAUCACCUCUUCUUUGAUUGUGAUUUCAGCUGGAUGAUUUGGGAGAAGGUGGCUAGACGUUGCAAUCUUCAACCUGUCCGAGAUUGGCAUGGCUCGCUUGAGCAGAUGCAGAACCUUCAAGGAGGAAAAUUGGCAAAGAACGGCCGACUGCAUUCUCAGAUCUUCCGCUCUUCCGACAACAUCGCUAUGAUCUUCUGCUCUUCUGACAACAUCUUCCUCCUAAUUAAUCGUCAAAUCAAAAACAGGAUUGCGAGCUUCAAGAAAGGAAAUCCAUCACUCUCAUCAAAACUUCUCCAACUAUGGCUCCUGACGGAGAAUGAUGGAGAACGAUCGGUGAUCUGGGGACGCCUU